AUGUUUCAUAAGCGGGUCAAGAAACUGACCGAGAAGGCUGCCCAGGCUGUUGCAGAAGGAACCCAAAAGCUAAAAAGGAAAGUUAGCACUGGUAGUCAAGAGCCUUCACUGGCCAAAAAAUCAAAGCACAUAUCUUUAAGUUCCCCAUCCAAGUCAAAAGAAUCAUCCUCUCCUCCUUGCACCAUAGAAGCUGAGCUCGGCAAGCAGCACUCCCAUGUAUUCAAGUGCAUGGGAAAGGGUUGUAAACAGCACAUUCAGUGCUACCUUGACAAAGGCAAUGCAAAGUCUACCAGCAACAUGGCCAAGCACACCAAGAGCUGCUAG